UGUGCAGGGCCUGUUGGUGUUUUCUGCAGCUAGUUGACUUUCAGUAGCUGAAGGGGAAGUUUCAGCUGCUCUUUGCGGCACAGUUUCUGGACACAGCGACAGAUAUUAACCCAAACAGACAUGAAUUUAAUCAGAUCUCGCCUCACCGUGGGAAACCUUCUCGGUCAGAGGGUCCGAGGGAUGUGCAAUAAACUUCCGGAGGCCAAGCCAGAGGUCUCUCCAGCAGCUCCAGCACAAGAAUCCAGACCCUUAUUCAAAACCCCCGGCUACAGACCCUCCAACAUGGACAGGAAGAUUUUACUGUGGGCAGGUCGCUUCAAGACUGAGGACCAGAUCCCAGAAACUGUGUCCUUUGAGAUGAUCGACAAUGCCAGAAACAAAAUCAGAGUGAAAGCUGCCUAUCUGAUGAUGGCGUUGACAAUAGGAGCCUGUGUGCUGAUGGUGAUUAUGGGUAAAAAGGCUGCAGGUCGAAACGAGUCUCUGACUGUAUACAACUUGGAAAAGAAAGCCAAAUGGAGGGAGGAACUCGAGAAAGAAAAGACUCAGUGAUGGACAUCAGUAGUCAUGAUGCAGUUGCAACCAGAAAACUAUAAAAUAAAGGAAACAGACUUGUCUUUUGUUUUCAGUCUGAUAUUAAAUAAAAUAUUUUCCCAUUUUAAAACAGUUAAAUUUGCCUCAAUUUUGGCAACAUUAUUUUAAUCAAGUACUGCCUAAAUUAGAGUUUUUUGGUGAAAUGUACUUUCCUUAACGUCUACAUUUGAUGUAUCAUUUUAGCAGCUAAGAUACUUAAGCUCCAAGACAUUUUUCUCCGAAUGUAACUGGUUAUUCGCACACACAAAAAAAAACUUGAAUGUCUUCGUCUGAGUACUUUCAAAUUCUUAUCUGGCCCAUUUCAACACUGGACUUGCUUCACUGUAGCUAAUGACACUGCUAGCAGCUUUGGUCAGCAUCUUCAACAGGAUAUGCAUAUUAAACACCAAGCAGUCGCCUAAUUGCUGCAGCUGGACAUUCCCACUCUGAUUAAACACCUUGAAAUUACAGCCAAGGAUUAGCCAGAUUCUUGGAGAUCUUCAGUUCUUAGUUCCUUCAGGUUGAGGGCUGACCUAAAGUACAUCCACAGCUGUGCCUCCAUUAAGCUAAUUUCAUAAUCUGGCUCUAGUAAACAAAUAAUUAUGAUGCAGCAUCAGUUAGCAAAACUGCCAAAAUCUUUUUCAAGUUUAGGUCUUUUUGCAGUGAAUGUUAAUGCCUGGUUUAGACUGCUUUUCCACCUAACUUAUGUCUGGAACAGAGCACUCGUUCUUUGUAGGAUUACAAUCCAUUACGUUAUCAGUGGAAACAUGAACUUGGUGAACCCCUACCCCCGGGACAUCUCCAAUUUAGAAAUCCAAACAAAAUUAAGGAGGGACAGUUUUCCUUGUUGCUGUAGAUCAUGAAAACCUGUCGUAGUACCAACCCGAGAGCUCUUCUUUUCUGAUUGGAUGAGUGCUUAAUCUGUUUCCUCUUGUAAAACAUGUCUGUGUUUAGUUUUAAAAAUAAUCAAGUGGAUCCAGUGUAAAUGGGUUCCUUAUCCUGUUCAUAUAUGGAUAUAAUAAAGUUUUCCGAUGGCUGUUGUGGCAUUUUGUUGUAGAAACAAGAACAAAAAAUAAAUGUAAUAAAGUAAUAUAUC